AUGCCUUCCCACGCCUGGAAUGAGGAGAAUAUGGCUGAUGCCCUCUUCGAUAUUAUAGAUAACCAUUUAUCUUUACGAAAAUCAGCCAAGAAACACGGAAUCGCCCCCCAAACGCUGUCAGAUCGGCUGCAUGCAGGGUCCUCAGUUCAAGAAGCAAAGAAACCUCAACAACGCCUUUCUACUACUGAGGAAAAGAAGAUAUUGAGAUGA